AUUUUUUUUUUAUUUUCUUUUCUUUUAACAAACCCAAAUAUAUAUAUUUUUUUUUGGGAGUACAUGUAUUAAAGAACAUUAAAUACAUUAUUCCUAUCUUUUUAUAUAUAGAUAUAUAUUUUGAAAUGAGACAGUUAUGGAUCCUAACUAUUUUAUUCUUCUCACGUUUUAUACAAGCAUCUCUUUUGGUCAUAGCUACUAAUGAUACCUUUAUCGAUCGACCAGCUGCAUUUGGACCUCGGGUAUCUAGACAAGGUCAAGUGGGAUAUUUAAUGGAACCUAUUGAUCCAACAGGAUGUCAAUGGGUAGAAGCACCUACAGAAAAUUGGAUUGCCUUAUUACGAAGAGGUGGAUGUUCCUUUAUUACCAAAGUACGUACCAUGCAACAAUCGGGUGCUAUAGCUGUAGUGAUUGGGGAUCAUCAACAACAACAAUGGGUAACCAUGUAUGCACCAGGUGAUACUUCUGAUAUUCAUAUUCCUAGUUUCUUUUUGGCUCAACAUGAAUAUCGUUCUAUUCUUUAUCUUUCCAAAGUGGUGGAUACGCCCAUGAUGAUUUUAAUGAAAUUAGAUGAUUUUAUGACUUGGCCAUUGUUGGAUAUGUUGAUGAUUAUUUUUAUAUCGCCAGCCAUUAUGAUGACAUUUAUUUAUGUAUCUUAUAAAAUUCGACAAAGACAAAGAAGAUUACAAGAAAUUGCUCCUAUGAAUGUGGUUUCAAGAUUAACCAUUAAACAAUAUCAUCAUGAAAAACGAUUGGAAAAUCAAGCUGAAAGUUGUGCUAUCUGUUUGGAGGAUUAUCAUCAUGGAGAAGAAAUUCGUGUGUUACCAUGUAAUCAUGAUUUUCAUCCUAUGUGUGUAGAUGCUUGGCUUACUACUCAAAAAAAAUACUGUCCACUUUGUAAGGUCAAUAUCACUUUUCAUGUCAAUCAUACAAAUAAUCAUCAAGAAAUCACUCCACUUAUUCAUCCCAUUGUAGUUUAGAAUUCCAUUGUGUAUUUU